GACUGCCAAGAGGCGUGGUUUGUACAUUGUUUUCGGAUACAGAGACUGUUGUUGGAUGUUUUCGAGAUUUUUGCUAACAUAAGACAAGAAAUAGGAGACAUAAUCGUUAGCGAGAGGUCGCAAGUGCUAAUUUAAGCAUCGGUUCAUCAAGUCGCGUCAUUUAAACCGACGCUUAAAUCGUUUUCAGAAGGUAAAUUUGUUGUAGGUCAAGUAAGGGGAUGCUGCUGCAGUCGCUGCCUUGGAGCUCGACACAAUCGCUGAAUUUUAUGUUGCGUUUAGUCGAAAUAAGAGAAGAGAAAGUAAGAGAAAACGCCUGCAGAAUAUGUCAGUCUCGACCGAGUCAUUUUCACAUUUGCUGAAUUUACAUUGUACAACGUUUUUUUAUUGUUGUCCCGCACCGCGCGUAGACGCCAGAGCAUUUUAGCUUUUAUUGUGUUGUUAGUUGAACAACUCCGUUAACCGAACUGUCUGUGAACCGAACUUACUACUCCAUUCGCCCAGAUUUGUUUUUAGUUGGAAAGUGGCAGUACAACAGUAAAGCUAUGAAGCUUUUAGAGAAUUCCCGUUUUGAGGCAUUGAGCUCCCAGCUGUGUGUUGAAACUGGAGAUGCUCACAUCCUUGGCAGGAUUGAGAGCUACUCGUGUAAGAUGGCGGGUGAUGACAAGCACAUGUUUAAGCAGUUUUGUCAGGAGGGGGAGCCACAUGUUCUUGAAGCUCUGUCACCCCCUCAGUCCAGCAGCGCUCCAAGCCCUAACCUAUUGGGGAAGAGUGGGGAGGAUGGAGAAAACCCACUAAGUGAUAAGUGUUGCAGGAAGACCUUGUUCUACCUUAUCACCACCCUGAACGAGUCGUUCCGGCCUGAUUAUGACUUCAGUGCUGCCCGUGCCCAUGAGUUCAGCCGAGAGCCCAGCGUUAACUGGGUGGUUGACUCUGUUAACAGCAGCCUUUGUUCUGCUGUGGGGGAGCAGUUUAACUCUUUAGGACCAGAACUGUGGAAUGCCAUUGAUCAAGAGAUAAGCCUGCAGGGCUGUGAUAUCUAUAGCUACAACCCAGACCUUGACUCUGACCCCUUCGGUGAGGAAGGCAGCCUGUGGUCCUUCAACUACUUCUUUUACAACAAGAAGCUUAAACGCAUUGUAUUUUUCACUUGCCGCUCAGUCAGUGUCCUCAGUAGUUAUGGUCGCAGUGGCCUUGACAAUGAGUUGGACAUGGAGCUGGAUGAUGAAGAGGAAGUGUACAGCUUCAUGGAAGACAGGUUCCCCCAAGCUCUGUGUGUCUAAAGCUUUCUCAGGGAUGACAACCUGCGCUUCAGCCAAAGGGCCUCGCUGUUAACUUUGCACCCAGUUUCUUCUUUCUUUUUUUUUGGAGGAAAAAAAAAAAAACUUUCAAAGCUUUAUUUUCUGGGGAUUUUCUUAAGUGUGUGUAUGUGUGUUUCAUUUUUACUUCACUGUGGACUGAAGAGAAGAAAAAAGUUAAUUUACCCCUCCCAUUUGCCUCUAAAGAAGAUCACAAACUGGCUGAGAGGAAUUCCAGAAGAGCUGCUGGGACCAGGUUUGACACAGACUCAUUUAAGCAUUGGCUGAGACCAAACAAAAACCACUGGAAACCAGCUCAUCCUAGGAGUGAAUGAAAGUCACAUUUAGACACCAGCAUUUUGACAGUGGAGAAUAUGAACACACUUUGGAAUACAAAGACUGCAUGCCUUCUGGAUUUGUGCCCCUCUGUUUUAUUGGUUCUUCUAAUAUUUCACUUUUUUUUUUUUUUAGGGCGGGGGGGGGUGUUCAGUCAAAUAUUUUUAUCAAAACCAACUUAACAGGUACUUUUCCCCCCUCUACAUAUAUUUACUGGGAUUUAAACCAAUGAUCCUUGAAUUGGUAGUAUCAUGCUCUAGCAAACGAACUCUAGACAUGCUAGACUUAUUUUCCUAAAAUCUUUAUAUAAGGUUGAACUAUAAAGCUUUUGAACUAUAAUUCAUUUAUUUUAGUAUACACUGCACUGAUUAUUAUUAUUAUUAUUAUUAAAUGUCUGCAGGUUUCACUUUUGUUGCUGCAAUUUCUUUGGCUUUCUGUAAUAUGGGCUUUGCUAUGAGUUUACCAACUGUUGUUAUUUUGGCAUACCUGAAUGGUGAACAUGCAAACCAAAUAUCGUUGCCGCUCUCAAGGCUGGUGAACCCAAAUCUGUCCUUUUUUUUUUUUUUUUCAUAACGAUGUGAAUUUUUUUUUUUUUUUUUAAUAACAGCUCUGAAGGAAAAUGUGAAUGGAAGCUGUCUUGUUGCCAGAUAGCAUCUGUGACAAUAAAAGUACAGGUUAAUCACCA